UUUCUGGUAGGAGGCAGAAUAAGCUGUUGUUGCAUCUUCUCUUUCUCGUCACAUAUUAUAUUUAUCUGCUCGAUCAUGUGUGGUUAAAACACAAGCAUGACGAGAGUCUUCGAGGAACAGCUUUAUGAGUGCAAAUUGCGUGACUCGUUUCCUCGGGUGGACGAUAGCUCAUUGCCUUCCCUUUCACACUGUCCUGCAAAAGAAGGAUACUUUUUACGCAAAGUCUGUUUGGUUGCAAUUUUCAGUCACUUUCUUCAGCAAACGCGCUUCAAGGUUUCAAUGACCACCAUUACAGUCUCCAAGACAUUGUCCUAGGAAUGAGUCAAGCACUUCCGUUUGGCUGACCAAUCUGCCUCAUUUUUUUCUUUUGUUCUCGUUAUACCAAGUUUGAUUUUGUAGGCCAUAUAGAAGUAGUGGAUUGACAAAAAUUUGGAAGCGCUAGAGAUUCUUCCCCCGUGCUUUCCUAGUUGAUCAAGUGGUCAAAAUGUCAAAGUCUUAGCUCUCUUUCUUCACGAGAGGAGAGUCUUCCAUUCAAGUACGGUCUAUUCAAAUCAAUCUGCUCAACAACUUUAAUUUGUUGGCCUAGAGAUAGGACCUUCAGCUAGAAAUUUAUUUGUCACCAACUACUUUCUUUCCUCAGGAAAUAGUAAAAUUACGUCUAAGAGUUGCUUAUUUCUGGAAUUCCUUAUUCAUUUGGAUGAGGUGGAAAAUAUGCUAGACAAGUUAUUGAAGUGUUCUUGUCUCCAUUGCUGAUGUUGCUAGCAAAGACCUUGCGGUAUUUCUGUUGCUUUCUUACGUCGUGCUUGGACUUUUAUAUCAAGCCUCAUUCACACGCCGCUGUAGCUCAACUUUAUUAGUAGGGCCAGUCAGUCUUCUGCAACUUGCAUCCAGGUCCCAUCCAACUAAUACCACUAAACAAACUUGUGUAUAUAACAGCAGAGAGAUGCCCUUAACCCACCGAAGCCUCGUACUUUCUUCAACUGCCAAAUACAUUUUCCAGCUCUCCCAUGGAGAUCUCGCCGACUUCGCAGAUCUCACCGUUGUUUUGCCUAACAAUAGUUCUCGUUCUAGUUCUUCCUAUUCCUUCCUAUUCAGCCGACCCGGAUUUGUUGCAGGAUUUCUGCGUCGGAGACUUGAAGGCCGCCAUAACUAUUAAUGGCUUACCCUGCAAACCGGCCUCAGAAGUAACCCCAGAUGACUUCUUCUUCGAUGGCCUGAGCAAAGAAGGCAAUACGAGCAAUCAAUAUGGUAUGAGCCUGACCCCUGGAAACGUCCUUACCUUUCCCGGGUUGAACACACUAGGGAUUUCGAUGAACCGCGUCGAUUUCGCUCCUGGUGGACUUAAUGCGCCCCACUCGCACCCUCGUGCAACCGAGUCUGGGAUCAUCAUCGAGGGGAGGCUCCUCGUUGGAUUCGUGAGUACCGAUAACGUGUUCUACUCCAAAGUCCUCACUGCAGGUCAGAUGUUUGUGGUUCCAAAAGGGUUAGUGCACUUCCAGAAAAAUGUUGGGGAAGGGAAGGCCCUCAUCUUCACAGCCUUCAACAGUCACUUGCCUGGGUCGGUACGACUUGCUACGACACUAUUUGGCGCGACACCAGCCAUUCCAAAUGAUGUAUUGACAGAGGCUUUUCAAGUCGAAGAAGAUGUGAUCAAUGAGAUAAAAGCCAAGUUCAGCUCUUGAAAGCCAACUCAAUACGAGGAAAGAAGCCGGCCACUCGAUCUCAAGAAUGAGGAUUUCGUACGAUGAAAUUGUGUUUAAUGCACUGAUAUGCUCAAACAUAUUCGUUCUUUGGGUAAUGCCCACAAAAACCCACGGAUCAA